CACCGCAUCGCCAUCACCCUGCCAUGGUGCAGCGCGUCUACCUGGGGAACCUUGACCCGAGCAUCUCCAAGGAGGAGAUCACGGACGAGGUGGGUCGCUUCGGCAAGCUCGUCGACGUCUGGGUCGCGCGCAACCCGCCCGGCUUUGCGUUCAUCACCUUUGAGGACGACCGCGAUGCGCAAGACAUGAUGAACGACCUCUCGGGCGGGAACGGCCGGCUCGGCCGCGUCAAGAUUGAGAUGGCGCGCAACCAGGGCGGGCGGCAGGCGGGGCCCUCGGGGGGGCGGGAGGGCGGCUACGGCUACGGCGGCGGCGGCGGCGGCGGCGGCGGCUACGGUGGCGGCGGCGGUCGGCGCUCGCCCUCCCCGCGGCGCGAUCGGCGCUCGUCUAGUCCGCGUCUCUCGUCUCGUGAGCUCUCGUCUCCGCGCCACCGCGACGGCUCUCGCGCACGGCGCAGCGGCCAGCGCUGCGCCGCUGAGAGGGCGGCGCCCCGUUAGACGCGUUACUGUAUUCGCGUGGGCCCUGGCCUGUGAGUGAGUAAAGGAUGCACUGCACUCCGGCAUGCCCCGCGGGAAUUCUUUUCGGGCCU